CCUUGAGCGGCUGCGCAGUGGCCGUAGUUACAUGUGUUGUGCCGGGGAGUUGAUCAGUUACGUCAACAAUAAUGGCUGAUAAACUAAAUGAUCUCGCUGGUCGUAUUGGCAAGGGUCCUAAGGGCUUGGGAACCGGACUGAAACUGUUGGCUGUUGCUGGUGCUGCUGCUUAUGGCUUGUCACAGUCCAUGUAUACAGUUGAAGGUGGUCACCGCGCCAUCAUCUUCAGCCGUCUCGGAGGGAUCCAGCCAGACAUCUACUCCGAGGGAUUACACUUCCGUAUACCUUGGUUCCAGUAUCCAGUUAUCUAUGACAUCAGGGCCCGACCAAGGAAAAUCACUUCACCAACGGGUAGCAAAGAUUUACAGAUGGUGAAUAUUUCCUUGAGAGUACUGUCAAGACCUCAGGGUAUAGCAAUUCCAAAUAUUCAUCAAACUCUAGGUCUGGACUUUGAUGAGAAGGUUCUUCCCUCUAUAUGCAAUGAAGUUCUCAAAUCUGUUGUUGCAAAGUUCAAUGCUGCCCAGUUGAUCACCAUGAGGCAACAGGUUUCUCUCAUGAUUCGUCGUGACCUGACACAACGAGCAGAAGACUUCAACAUCAUUCUUGAUGAUGUAUCCAUCACAGAGCUUAGUUUUGGCCGGGAAUAUACCUCGGCUGUAGAGGCAAAACAGGUAGCACAGCAGGAGGCCCAGAGAGCUUCAUUUGUGGUGGAGCGUGCCAGGCAAGAGAGACAGCAGAAGAUUGUACAGGCUGAGGGUGAAGCUGAGGCUGCUAAAUUGUUAGGAAAUGCAAUCAGUAUGAAUCCUGGAUACCUUAAACUACGAAAGAUCAAAGCUGCUGUUAACAUAGGCAAAACGAUCUCUCAGGCCCAGAACCGUGUGUAUCUUGGAGCAGGGACGCUGAUGCUGGAUAUUAACGAUAAGGAUUAUGAUAAUAAUACCAUGAGAAUAACUUAAUCUUUUACUUGGUUGCACCAUACAAUACUUGUUAAAGAAGUUGGAAUAUAACAAAGAUAUUGAGACUCCAUUAGUGAUAACUUGUAGGCUUAAAUUAAUGACCCAAAUUGACUUAUCAAAUUCUCAUUAAAUUUUUUUAAGUCUACCAUAAACAUACCUUCAGUCUGAUUAGGGUAGCUGUCAGCAUAAGGAAAAUGGUGGUAUUCAUUUUUGUUACAUUUCAGUACUUGCAUUCAUCAUAUUUUUUUGUAAGUUAAGAAAAGUUUGGUGUAUUUUAGCUUUUGGAAAUAUUUUGUGUGUUUUUUUCAAUUUUAUGUCAGAAAUAUUGUAUAUAACAGGAAGUGUACAGGGGAUUAAGUUUACCUUUGUUUGUUAUUGAAAUUGUAAGUAUGUAGUUACUGAGUAUUCACAACUACCUUUUACAAAUAUACAGUGGGUACCAAA